AUGCAGCUAAGAAAAUGGGUACACUGCGACUCUCCGUCAUCAUGGGUUGCACUGCUUGUGUCUAUGCUUUUGAUAGGAGCUCGGACGGUACAAGCAUCUAUUGAUCUUGAUCUAAAAAGCAAAGAAUCUAUUAAAGAGGCAGCGAAAACUGUAGCAUCUGGAAUGCUGAAGUAUUACACGGGUUACCGGCCGGGUGAUGUGCCUGGUAACCUUCCAGAUCCAUACUAUUGGUGGGAAGCUGGAGCGAUGUUUAAUGCAAUGGUGGAAUAUUGGUAUUACACAGGGGAUGCUCAAUGGAAUGAAAUUACAACGCAAGCUCUGCUCCACCAGGCCGGACCAGGGGCUGAUUUCAUGCCAGCAAAUCAAACAAGAACACUUGGGAAUGAUGAUCAGGCAUUCUGGGGGCUGGCAGCUAUGUCAGCUGCUGAAGUGAAGUUCCCUGAUCCACCAAAAGACGAACCCCAGUGGCUUGCACUGGCACAGGCUGUUUUUAACAAACAAUAUCCGCGCUGGGACAAUACCACUUGUGGUGGUGGUUUAAAAUGGCAGAUAUUCACAUUCAAUAAUGGCUACAACUACAAGAACACCGUGUCUAAUGGGUGUUUCUUUAACUUAGCCUCGCGACUGGCGGUAUAUACCGGUAAUCGAACCUAUGCAGAAUGGGCGGAAAAAACAUGGGACUGGGUUUACAACACCGGGCUCAUUAGCAAGGAUUACCACUUUUACGAUGGAACAGACGACAAAGGCAACUGCACAGAACUAAACCAUGACCAAUGGACAUACAACACUGGACUCUUUCUGCUCGGAGCAGCUCACAUGUAUCACUUUACGGACAAAUCCGAGAUUUGGAAAACUCGACUGGAGAAGAUAAUCAAGGGACUGGAUGUUUUCUUUCUUCGCAACGUCAUGAGUGAGAGGGCCUGUGAGCCAAUUGGCUCAUGUAACGUUGAUCAACGAUCUUUCAAAGCCUAUCUCUCACGCUGGAUGUCCCACACCAUUCAAAUCGCACCGUUCACAUACGAUCUUCUCAUGCCAAAGCUUCGAGCAUCUGCUGAAGCAGCCGCGCUGCAGUGCAAUGGCCCUGAUAAUGCUUGCGGUUUGCGUUGGUACCGAAACGAUUCGUUCGAUGGCAGUACUGGCGUCGGGGAGCAAAUGGCCGCCCUUGAUAUUAUCCAGGGCCAUUUGGUCGACUACGUCGACAAACGAGUGACGACGAAAACCGGUGGUACCAGUAAAGGUAACCCAAAUGCCGGGACUGGGAUCUCCGACGAAGAGACGGCAGGAAUUAAAGAACGACCAAUCUCCACGGGUGAUCAGGUGGGUGCUGGCAUACUUACUGCCAUCAUUGUGGUAUGCACUGUGUAUGGAGUGUAUUUUAUGGUCGCCUGA